AUGCACUUUUCUGGAGGAGGAGAAGGAGGCGGAGGAGGAGGAGGAGGCGAUGGCCAGAGAAUUCUUCUCGACUCGGCGCAGAAUCGAAUCGAGACCUACUUCUUUGGCGGAAAUUUUAUUGCACUUCCGCUUGAUUGGGUAACGUUCUUUGAUGUGGAAUUCGAAGCGAAUUUAAUAUAUGUAUAUAUCUCAAAUGUAGAAAUGCAGCGUUUGCACUGCUGGCUCGAUCAGCUGACGCUCCGCCGCUCGCGGAACAGGGAUGCGACUGGCGCACGUCGAAGUGUUAGUCAAAGUGUGGCGCCGAGUUGUCGUCUGAACAUGGAGUCGAAAUCGAAGCAACAUACUGCCGAGCUGAAACCAGUCAACGUGCCGUUGAUCACUUCUACCAUCACCACCACCACCACCGCUGCUGCUGCCGCUGCCGCCGCUGCUCCUCCUCCGGCAAUGGCGCGGAAACUUGAGACGGGGUCAUUUGCUAGGAGACGGGGUAUUCGCACGAAUCCAUGGCUAUACGGUGAGAAUUCGUUGAGGAACUCGUCCACAUUUCGUGCUGAACCACCGGCGCUAGCACAAUCACUCGAUCGACAUCGUUAUCUGCCACCAACCACAUUGCUUGGAGUGAAAAGUUUAGAGGAGAGCACAUGUAGUUCCGGAUAUGGAAGUCAGGAUUGCAGUCCGGACUCAUCCGUACAUCUGCCAUCAUGGCAGACAGCAAGCAGUCCAUUUGCGGACGAACCAAUUGAUGAUGGAUGUUUCCUCGAAGAAACGUCCUCAUUCUCAACCUAUGACAAUGUUUGCGACGAUGAUGAGCACAUUUACCAUGAGCUGGAGCUCUGCUGUCGUGCUCCUGAACGAAGCUACAGCUCGGAGCAGCUGUCCAGCCUGGACGAUUCACGCUCCAGUUCACCGCUUUACGCUCGUCCAGAUUCUCCGAUCUACGCUCAACCAUGGACACAUUAUCAGCUCGUGCCCAAGCAUCGAAUCCCUAACGUCAUCUUCGCACAACGUAAUCCAAACCUUAAACCGCUUACCGUACGAAAUCAGUCGUUCCGACGUAUGCUGCCCGAAAUCCACAGCGAUUACGCGAAACCCUACGCUGUUUCCACAUCGAUGACCUAUUUGGACCGUACAAAUUCCUUCGUGUAUCCAGGAUCAUAUUUCUCGAAAGUCUCUAAUAUGCAUGUUUAUGAGGAACCGAGAAAGGAAAAGGAGGAACCGAUGGAGGAGACAGAGGAGGAGUUCCUCACGGAGUUGGAUGCGCAAAUCGCCGAGUUGCAGUUACGUUCGGAUGAACUUCGCUCAAUCGUCGAAAAAGCACGUUUACGACGAAAUGUGAACUGGCUACGUCCUCCUAUGGAGUGCACAUUCGAGUUGUCCAUUUGA